AUAGAACCAGACUAGUCAUGGUACGUAGGUUGGUGUUAAUAUAAUCUAGAUUGGAAGGUACAGUUGAUACGUCACUCGGGAAAGCUCAAUUUGUGCUUCACACACCUAACCUAACCCUAACGUCUACUUAUGAAGAAGUAAGUACAAGAUCUAAUGACAGAUUAAUCACACUCACUCCGUUAUUCAAUCAAUAUUCAAAUUAUUUUCUACUUACUAAGCAAACAUUAUAGUGCACGAUUAACCGAAAUUACAGCGCAUCCAAUCAAAUAUCGAUUAUCGAGUUAAACCUGGACAUAUUUAGUUUUUCAAUUGUAGGUGCAUGAAAUUUUGCGAACGGUCGUAGGGUGAAUUUUCAUGGAUUCAAUGGUAUUUUUGUUGCAAAUAAUAUUGCAAAAAUACAUGAGUCAUAGUUACUGUCUGAGCAUAAUUUCAGAAAAUAAUGUUUACUUGCCAACUAACACAACAAGUGUAAGGUUUGGAACCAUAGAUUUAGAUAAUAUUUUAGCCACUUUAGAUAUGGGAUGUUCAGACUUUGUAAUACAAGUGGAUGACCCAAUACAUUUUGCAAUAGUACUUGAAAAGGUACUAUUUCUAAGCAACACAAGACGAGGCGACAGAAAGUUUAUUUUUGUACCUAAGCGACUGGAUGACUCUGAUGAACUAUUAAACGUACUACAAACAGGAAUUUUCACUUACAUACCAAACGUUAUACUAAUAGUUCCUACAAACAAAAAAGUAGAAGCAGAUGAAAACUGUGAAGAUUAUGACAUAGUUACACAUAAAUUUGUGGGUCCUUACGAAGAAGACAUAAAAAUACCAAUCGUUUUAGAUCGUUGGAACUCGUGCAGAAAAGUUUUUGAAAGAAAUGAAAAUCUAUUUCCACAUGAUAUAGCUAACAUGUAUGGGAGGACAGUUAAAGUAGCUUGUUUCAUGUAUCCUCCUUUUGUCAUACUAAAUCUUGAUAAGCAGGUCUCUCGGAAUGGAAGAGACGGCUUGGACAUGAGGGUUGUCGAUGAAUUGUGCAGUUGGAUAAACUGUACGAUAGAAGUGGUGGACGUAGGAGCUGGACAAUGGGGCACUGUUUACCCAAACGCAACAGGUACAGGGGUCUUAGGUGCGGUUGCCAUGGGGAAAGCAGAUUUUGGCAUAACCAGCUUAGGAUACUGGGACAAACCAUACCCAAUGAUGGACUUUUCGGCGUACACUUUCCUCAUAUCUGUCACUAAUCUUGUACCUAAGCCGAGGCUACUUUCUCGCUGGGAGCUACCGAUUAUUGCCUUUAGUUUUCCAAUGUGGAUGGUCACCAUCUUCUCUAUGGUCUACUCUUGGCUGGCUCUGGUCUUGGCGCAACAUGGAUCCACCAACAACGCUUGGCUCAAUAUAUGGAGAAUUAUGAUGGCUCAGCCUUGUAAACUAGAAUCCAGCUGGCGAUCACAAUUUGUCCUCCUUGGACCAGUAGUAACUGGCCUGAUCAUCAACGCGGCCUACAGCGCGGGACUGUCAUCUCUCUUCACUAUUCCUAACUACGAAAAGUCCAUAGAUACAGUAGAAGACCUGUUGGAGAGUGGAUUAGAGUGGGGUGCUCCGGACAUAGCCUGGGUCUAUUCUAUUAGUUCGGCGAAGGACGAGAGACAUAUGCGGAUAGUAGACAAGUUCCGCUUGCUGACACCUUCACAGUUGAAAGCCAGGGGAGAAAACCAAACCAUUGCACUCUCCAUCGAGCUUCUUCCUGCAGGAUGCUUAGCCAUCGGUGGGGGGGAGGCUAUCACCACCGAUAUCCUCAAUAACUACCAGCUGCUGACUGAGGAUCUGUUCUUCGGAGUGUCCACUGUGGCGGCCAGAAAGAAUUCUCCCUACGUCGCUAAACUGAACGACAGAAUACUCAGGCUUAUUGAGGCUGGGCUAUUGCUGGCUUGGGAUUCGCAGAUAUCGCUCAAAUAUCAAGAUGUGAAAGUUAAGAUGGCGAUAAAGUACUCCAGAAACGCGGAGCCACCGACGACUGCACCUCUGAACCUUGUUGCUAUAGGGGGUAUAUUCAUGAUUUUAGUAGCUGGCAUUAUUGUGUCAUUUAUCGUCUUUUUAGUGGAAAUGGCACAAGGGCGACAGAAACAUAAGAAAGAAACUAUGUAGUGAAAAAAUAAUAACUACAUAAUUCAUUUUCUACUUCUCC